AGAACCCUGAGGCCCAGGCUGCAGAGGCGGCGGCGGCGGCGGCGGCGGUUGGUUAGGGGCGUGCCGGCGAGGCAGAGAUUGAGCGAGAUGUGGCCCCUCAGGGAGACGUGACCCUCCUGCGCCUGGGCGGUUAGGGUUACCCCUCUUCAGCACUGGUACCAGAAAAACUGUUCCUGAGAGCAAAGUGGAGUGUGUAGUUGGCCCUGUGCAUGAGAACAGCAAUUUCAUUUCAAUAUAGAUGACCAUGCAGCCUGCAAUUCAAGUAUGGUUUGGAGAAGACCUGCCUCUAAGUCCACGGAGUCCGCUGACCCCUAGACAUGGGCCAGGUUUGGCUGAUGUUUGUCAGUAUGACGAGUGGAUAGCUGUGAGGCACGAAGCCACCCUGUUGCCCAUGCAAGAGGAUCUGUCAAUCUGGUUAUCUGGUUUAUUAGGUAUUGAAAUUAAGGCAGAGAGAUUAUUGGAAGAACUUGAUAAUGGAGUACUAUUAUGCCAGCUGAUUAAUGUUCUUCAAAACAUGGUGAAAACAUGCAACUCUGAAGAACCAAGGAAUUUUCCAAUGAGAAAAGUGCCCUGUAAGAAAGAUGCUGCGUCAGGUUCAUUCUUUGCUAGAGACAACACUGCGAACUUCCUUCACUGGUGCAGGCACAUUGGAGUGGAUGAGACUUACCUCUUUGAAUCUGAAGGUUUAGUUUUGCACAAAGAUCCAAGACAGGUGUAUCUUUGUCUUCUUGAAAUUGGUCGAAUUGUGUCAAGAUAUGGGGUUGAGCCCCCAGUAUUAGUAAAACUUGAGAAAGAAAUUGAGCUAGAGGAGACCUUACUUAAUACUUCUGGACUUGAAGAUUCCAUCAGCAUUCCAAAAUCGUGCUGUCAGCAUGAAGAGCUGCAUGAAGCUGUUAAACAUAUUGCAGAAGACCCUCCUUGUAGUUGUUCUCAUCGAUUUUCUAUCGAGUACUUAUCUGAAGGACGGUACCGACUAGGAGAUAAAAUACUCUUUAUAAGAAUGCUUCAUGGAAAACAUGUCAUGGUCCGUGUCGGUGGAGGCUGGGAUACUCUUCAAGGAUUUUUGCUUAAGUAUGAUCCCUGUCGAAUAUUACAGUUUGCUACACUAGAACAGAAAAUUCUAGCAUUUCAGAAAGGAGUGUCUAAUGAAAGUGUGCCUGAUUCGUGUGCCAGAACACCUCAGCCUCCUGAAAUGAAUCCUUUGUCAGCAGUUAGCAUGUUUCAGAAACAGGAUUCAAAACCUGGCACACCCAUUGGUCUUCCAAGGAGCAAAGAGAAGCAGGUAUGUUCACCAGCUGUGUUGCUGCCAGCAUCUUCCCUGAAAGGAGGUGAUCUAGCCUCCAGGUCAGUCCGUUCUAAACUUCCAAAUUCUCCAGCUGCAUCUUCUCACCUUAAACUCAAAUCUUCAAAAGGCAUAACAAAGAAACCACAGGCUCCUUCAAACAAUGUGACAUCUUCACCUGCUUGUCUAAAGCCCGUAGGUAAAAGCACUGCUUCACCAGCUUUAUCAAGAACUGCACCUUGUGUGUCUGAGUCAUUAAGAAAAUGUGUCCUAUCACCCAAAACUCCUAAGGCCAAGUUUGUUCCAGCCAAGGAGUCAAGAGAGAUGCAUGAGUCUACACUUUUGCCAGAUAAGCGUUCAGGAAAAACUGAACCAAAGCAUUUGAAACACAGUCAUGUAUCUUCCAGGGAUAAUGCAACGUGUCACUCAGCUGCAUGUUUAAAUUCAUCAUCAAAGUGUCCAAAGCCACCUAAGGCAAAUCUACAUGUAAGGCCUAACCCCUCUCCUUCUAUCUGGUCCCCUCCAAAAGUGAUGGCAUCCGGUUCCAAAACCACGACCACGGGUCCGGAAACACGGUCUGAGCCAUGUGACAGAGCCCCGCAAGCGGGGGCAAUGCCAGCCCCGAAACCUAAGUCAGCCUGGAAUUUAAACCAGCCACUUUCUGUAGCCUCAGUUGCUCCUACAAAAGCUGCACAGAAAUCGAAAGAUAAAAAUACUGUUUCAGUUGCCAAAAAGCAGCCUCAGAAUAAAAGCACAUCCCAGAAGACAGGAACCAGCGCCUCCAGGUCCCCUGGCCGCACCCCACUGUCCAUCAUGAGUGUUCCCCAGUCUUCUGCCAGAACACAACCAGACCCAAAGUCAGCACAGACUGCCACCAGGAGCCAGGACUCAGCCAAAGGGCCUCCAAAAAGUGACAAAGCCCCAGCCUCAACCAGGAAACCACCUUCCUCUGGCAAGGAGGCAGUUAGUGGAGAUAAAAAAUCUCCUGCAAAGAAAAAGGAAGAUGACCAUUAUUUUGUUAUGACUGGAAGUAAGAAACCUAGAAAAUAAAUAUAACAUGUCAUUUUAAGAAAACAGAGGAAAGAAAGAGAGGGAAUGUGUUAGCUUCACAUCUUAAGUUUCUCCUAAUUGUGUUUAUCCAUUUGGGUUCAGACAUUAAAUACAGUAAGAUGAGGGUAGAGGUUGGGGUGAUGAGAGGGCUCAUCAGAAUUCACCAGAAGGUCCCCUUUUAGGCAGACGGUUGUGAAAUUACCACGAGGCUGUCAUUAAUGAUAGACAUUUAUUGUCUGUUAAUGUCUGUCCAUAAGGGAAAUAUAAAGUUAAAUAACACUACUAGAGUUAUAACUAUAGUUGCUAUGUUUUGAAUAUGUAUUAAAUAUGGAGGUUGUUACCUGCUAAUAGUAACAGAGGUGCUCUUAAUGUAAGUUACUGCAUUUUAGUUUAAAAGCAACGGUUCAGCACUUGUCUUACAAAAGGCACCUAAUUCAGUUUCCUGACCAGGGUAGCCUGAUGGGACAGUACCAGGUACCGACGGCUGCUGCUGAUGAUUAGCUUGCUGUUGCUCUGGCUUUGGUUGGACUGUUACUAAAUUUUUUUUUAAGCUUUCCAAAUUAGAAGGAACUGAUUUUUUUAACUGACUCACAUUAACAUUGGUAAUAUUUUGUUACCAAUAUUUUUGGUAAAAAAGUAAAACCAAUUAAGGUAUUGACAUAUAAAUUGAAAUUUGUAAAAAAUAUUUUUCAUAUU